UCCGUUCUUCAAUCCCGCCGUCCUCCUUCUGUCCGGCAUCGGUGUGUGUAUUAGCUUCUUCCUCUGUUCGUGUCGCUUCCGUGGUGAAGCUGGAAGAGCCUUACAGACCAUGCAAGCAUUGAUUUUGAAGACAAGAAUCAGGAAUUAAUCUCAAGAAGUUAAAAGCAGCUUCUAGGAUAUGGAAGAAAACCCAAGCAAGCGAGGUUGUGAAAUUCAAUACUUGCAUUGUGGGAAGCCAAUGGCAUCAGGUGGUGGGAUUUCUCAUCUGAAGGAAUCGAGACUGACAGCAACAGACUCUAGACAGCUAAGAGCCUUGAAUGGUGUAUUUUCCUGCAAAUUAACAAGAAAAUUUGCCCCAUUUUUACAGUUAUAACAUAGCAUGCUACUGAAGUCUCUAUUAACCACCUUGAUUCUCAAGCAACUUAAUCAAAUACAUGCUCAACUCAUAAUAAGACCUAAGCCCCAGAUAUUAAACCCAUUACUGGGAGUCUUAGCAAAUUCAUCCCGCCCACGAAAUGCCCUUCUCCUCUACAACUUAAUGCUCUACUACCCAUUCUCCCAUAAUCAUUACACUUUCACUCUGACUCUCAAGGCCUGCUCUUUACUACAUGCACACACAAAAGGGCUUGAAGUUCAUGGUCAUGUCAUUAAAUCCGGUCAUUAUGCUGAUAUCUUCAUUCAGAACUGCUUGCUUCACUUCUAUAUUGUGGAACAUGAUGUCGGUUCUGCCUUGAAAAUAUUUGAAUUCAUACCUUCCCCGGACGUUGUCUCAUGGACAUCCAUAAUUUCUGGCCUCUCCAAGUGUGGUUUUGAAGCAGAAGCCAUCAGGAAAUUUUCAUUGAUGGACGUGAAGCCUAAUUCUGCUACACUUGUUAGUGCAUUGACUGCUUGUUCUUUCCUGAAAGCUAUGACACUAGGGAAAGCUAUUCAUGCGUAUGGAAUGAAGGGAAUGGUAGAUAAUAACAUUAUUUUUGAUAAUGCAAUGUUAGAUUUGUAUGCAAGAUGUGGAUCAUUGGUUAAUGCAGAACACUUGUUUGCUAAUAUGAUGGAGAGAGACGUGGUUUCCUGGACCACAAUGGUGGGGGCUUAUGCUCAACGAGGUCGUAGUGAAGAGGCUGUUGAUUUAUUUAAAAAAAUGGUACUAGAAGGGGAGGCGGUGCCUAACGAGGUGACCGUUGUUACUGUAUUGUCAGCAUGUGCAUCUAUAGGUGCUUUGAGUUUGGGGCAAUGGGUCCACUCCUACAUCAAAAGAAGAUCUGACCUUGUAGUAGAAGGCAUUAUAGGAAAUGCAUUGCUUAACAUGUUUGCUAAAUGUGGAGAUAUGAAUAUGGCAAUUCAGAUUUUUAAGAUGCUUGAGCACAAGGAUGUUAUCUCUUGGGGUACUCUCAUUUGUGGCUUGGCUAUGAACGGCCACGGAAAGCACACAGUGCAGCUCUUUUCUCGCAUGUUGAUUCAUGGUGUUCCCCCAGAUGAUGUUACCUUCAUUGGCCUGCUGUCUGCAUGCAGCCAUUCAGGCCUAGUAAACAAAGGAUUCAUGUUCUUCAAAGCCAUGAGAGAUUACUAUGGCAUUAUGCCACAAAUGCAACAUUUUUGUUGCAUGCUAGACAUGUACGGACGGGCUGGACUCUUUGAAGAAGCAGAGGCUUUCCUCAAGGGCAUGCCUGUUGAAGCCAAGCGUCCUGUUUGGGUAGCUCUUCUUCAAGCCUGCAAAAUUCAUGGCAAUGAGGAGAUGUUGGAUUGGAUCAGGAGAAACCUUCUCAAUGACGAAAAUGUUGGUGACGGUGCGCUUGCUUUAUUAUCUAAUCAUUACGCAAGCACUGAACGAUGGGAUGAUGCUAAUAAAGUUCGUGGUAGGAUGAGAAGAAUUGGACUGAAGAAGAUGACAGGACGUAGCUGGAUUGAGCUUGAUGCUAGAAAUGACACGUUGGAUUUAGAUUUGUGCGGGGCAUGAUAAGGACUUGGAAAGAAGAAUCAAAUAGCAGGGGCAUAUUCUUUACAAAUACAACAUUGUGGAAUUUUUAAGGUGAUGCUAAUCUAUGGGUUGAAUUCCACAUUCUUUGUACACAAAUUCCUUAAUGGAAUGAUAUUUAUUUAAUCACGUCACGAGGCCUUGCGUAAUUAGCUUUUCCAGUACAUGACACGACGGGAUCGAAAGGUCGCAAGAUAUUUUAUACUAAUUUAUAGUAUUUAUGUAUUUUAAUCUAUAUGACAUGGUACGUCGCA